UAAAACAUCGCACAUCGUCUGAGGCGGCCUUGGUUUAAAUUUUCCGACCAUCUUUCAAACGACGAAAAGCAGCAUAACGAACUUGAAACCGGUCAAAACCCCGCUCGAUUUUUGUUUACGACUGAAAAAGCUGCAAUUUUUCCAGGGAAAUCCGGCUGUUCCGCAAGAGCUCUAGGCGAAAAAUCGGGUACAGUGAACUUUCAGGCGUAGAUGUUUGGUUAACCUUAACCUAUUUUUAUGCCGCAGGAUUGAAUCAGAACGAUGGAAGAUUUCCAGAAAAUUGAAAAGAUAGGCGAAGGGACGUACGGUGUGGUGUACAAGGGUCGGAAUAAGAUCACCGGUCAAAUAGUAGCCAUGAAGAAAAUUCGACUGGAAUCAGAGGAUGAAGGCAUUCCUUCAACUGCCAUUCGUGAAAUAUCGUUAUUGAAGGAGCUGAAACAUCCAAACAUCGUUUCACUGGAAGAUGUCCUGAUGGAAGAGAACAGACUGUACUUGAUUUUUGAAUUUUUGUCGAUGGAUCUGAAAAAGUACAUGGACACACUUCCGGCGGAGAAAAUGAUGGAUUCGGACCUAGUUAAAAGCUACAUGUAUCAAAUUACGGCUGCUAUGCUGUUUUGCCACAGACGACGAGUUCUUCAUCGAGAUUUGAAACCUCAGAACUUGUUGAUCAAUAAGGAAGGUCUGAUCAAAGUGGCAGAUUUUGGUUUGGGUCGAUCAUUUAACAUUCCGGUCCGGAACUAUACACACGAAAUUGUUACUCUCUGGUAUCGUGCCCCGGAGGUUCUACUCGGUUCACCCCGAUAUGCCUGUCCUGUGGACAUUUGGUCCAUUGGUUGUAUUUUUUCGGAAAUGGCAACUCGAAAACCGUUAUUCCAGGGAGACUCGGAGAUCGAUCAGCUCUUUCGAAUGUUCCGCAUACUGAAAACUCCGACAGAGGAAAUUUGGCCCGGAGUGACUUCAUUACCGGAUUAUAAAUCGACGUUUCCUUGCUGGACACAAAAUAAUCUCACGAGCCAGGUAAAAAAUCUCGACUCGGCUGGACUAGAUCUGCUACAGAAGUGUUUGGUCUAUGAUCCGGUCCAUCGGAUCUCCGCCAAAAAAAUUUUAGAACACAAAUAUUUCGACGGGUUCGAUCGACGAGUAGUUCCAAUGUAAUGAAAGUGCGCCUUCUCCCCAAUUUUUUAGUAGUUUCACAAUAUUUUAUUAUUCCAUGAACUGCGUUUGUAGUCUUCGCAUGCGGGGUUUGAGUUGAGUAAGUGCUGUGUAAAUAUCCCGACUACAGGAAUUCGCUGGGUUUCCCGAGCAGCAGCUGUACAUAUGGUUAGCAAUUUCUUCUCUAGCUUUGCCGUUUGAUUGCAGAUAAUUCACAAAAACCUUCCCUUAAUACUGCCUUUUUUGCAGGUACAUGAUUUUAAAAAUAGUUUCGAAGCGAAAAUAAAAGACUUUUAGAUAAAUCAUCUUAGUA